AUGAAUUUAGCAGAGAUUUGUGAUAAUGCCAAAAAAGGAAGAGAAUAUGCGCUCCUUGGGAAUUAUGACUCUUCUAUGGUAUAUUACCAGGGUGUCAUCCAGCAAAUCCAGAGACAUUGCCAGUCGAUCAGAGAUCCAGCAAUUAAGGGCAAAUGGCAACAGGUCCGACAAGAAUUAGUUGAAGAAUAUGAACAAGUUAAGAGCAUUGUCAACACUUUAGAAAGUUUUAAAAUGGACAGACCUGCAGAUAUCCCUGUGUCCUGUCAAGAUGAGCCUUUUAGAGAUCCCGCUGUUUGGCCCCCUCCUGUUCCAGCUGAACACAGGGCUCCACCUCAGAUCAAACGUCCCAACCGAGAAGUAAAACCUUUGAGGAAAGAAUCACCAGGACUGCAGCCCCGCGGGCCUGCGGGCAGAGCACACGUGGUAUCCAAGGGUGAGAAGUCUGCAGGCAGCCGCGAAAGGGAAUCUAGAGCUAGAGGAAGAGAUGACAAGGGAAAGAAAAUACCCCAGGAAGUUGGUGAUGGGGAAAUUCCAAAAUUUGAUGGAGUGGGUUACGACAAAGACUUGGUCGAAGCUCUUGAAAGGGACAUUGUAUCAAGGAAUCCAAGCAUUCAUUGGGAUGACAUAGCGGAUUUGGAAGAAGCCAAGAAGUUAUUAAGAGAAGCUGUCGUUCUUCCAAUGUGGAUGCCUGAUUUUUUCAAAGGGAUCAGAAGACCUUGGAAGGGUGUGCUGAUGGUUGGUCCUCCUGGCACUGGCAAAACAAUGCUAGCCAAAGCUGUUGCUACAGAAUGUGGAACAACGUUCUUCAAUGUGUCUUCCUCUACCCUGACGUCUAAAUACCGGGGCGAGUCUGAGAAGCUGGUCCGCCUCUUGUUUGAAAUGGCAAGGUUUUAUGCUCCAACAACAAUCUUCAUUGAUGAGAUAGAUUCGAUCUGCAGCCGCAGAGGCACGUCCGAUGAACACGAGGCGAGUCGCAGAGUCAAGUCAGAGCUGCUGGUGCAAAUGGACGGGGUAGGUGGUGCUCUGGAAAAUGAUGACCCUUCCAAGAUGGUUAUGGUAUUAGCAGCUACAAAUUUUCCCUGGGAUAUCGAUGAAGCUCUCCGACGUAGGCUGGAGAAGAGGAUUUAUAUACCUUUGCCCACAGCAAAAGGCAGAGCAGAACUACUUAAGAUUAAUCUUCGGGAAGUAGAACUGGAUCCUGAUAUCAGCCUUGAAGAAAUUGCUGAGAAGAUUGAAGGCUAUUCUGGUGCUGACAUCACUAAUGUUUGCAGGGAUGCCUCUUUAAUGGCAAUGAGACGACGUAUUAACGGCUUAACUCCAGAAGAGAUUCGUGCACUUUCUAAAGAGGAGCUUCAGAUGCCGGUUACCAAGGGGGACUUUGAGCUGGCUCUGAAGAAAAUCUCCAAAUCUGUUUCUGCUGCAGACCUGGAGAAGUACGAAAAAUGGAUGGUGGAGUUUGGAUCUGCUUAAUCUCAGUGACAGCUCUCCUUUGCUAGAGUGUUAUGGCUUUUGGUGUUUUCAUUUGCAAAAUGAGUUAGAAAUCUUUUUAAAGGUUUAAUAAAAGGUCUGCCUCUGCCCCCAUCCCACCCCCUUCUGGUGACAAGAUCUUUUAAACUCCAUUUGCCUUUAAAGGGAAUGAACACAAUAAUGAACUGAUAUUGUAAAA